CAUAAAUUGUUAUUAGCUUUUUUGCGGUUCCCAUGAGUCAACAAGUGCUUCCUACUUCCGGUUAAAAUAAAACACGUGUUGAUUGUUUUGAUUUCGUCUAGCAUUUUAUUUUUUAGUCAUGCCGAAGUCAAAGCGUGAUAAGAAAAUUUCUUUGACACAGACAAGAAAGAAGGGUUUGGAGCUGAAGCAAAAAUUGGUGGAUGAGAUUCACAACUCUAUCGACCGCUAUGCAAGAAUUUUCACAUUUUCCGUACAGAACAUGCGGAAUGUGCAGCUGAAGGAAGUGAGGCAGGAAUGGAAGCACAGUCGAUUUUUCUUCGGCAAAAACCGAGUGAUGGGUUUGGCACUGGGAAAGACUACAGAGGAUGAGUAUCGCGAAAAUCUCUCGAAACUGACCAAUCAGCUCAAAGGUCAGACAGGCUUGCUCUUCACAAAUGAGAAAGAAGAGAUGGUUUUAAAGUACUUUGACAAUUUACAUGUACCCGACUUUGCCAGAUCGGGAACCGUGGCAACCCAGACAGUGAUUCUCGACGAGGGGCCUCUUGCUGAUUUCUGUCACUCCAUGGAACCACCGUUGAGACUGCUGGGACUGCCCACUAGUCUAAAACGAGGUGUUGUUACGCUGUUGAAGGAACACAAAGUGUGCAGUGUCGGUGAUAAUCUGACGCCAGAACAAGCUCGAUUACUGAAACUUUUUGGUCACAAAAUGGCCGAGUUCCACGUGACGAUAGAAGGAGUCUGGAGUAACGAUGGACAGUGGAAAGUGUUUUCUCAACGACCGGAGCCGAUUGUCCCGACCAAAGUCCGAGUGAAAGCAAAUGCAAAAUUGGAUAACAAUGAAGAUGACGAAAUGGCGUUCGAUGUCCUAACUGGUGAUGAUACUGUUGAAGACGAUGGGUGUGGUAGUGGUAACGAUGAUGAUGAUAACAGUGAUGAUGAUGGCAAUAGUGAUGAUGAUGGUUGAUGUAAUCUUUGUGUCCAUAAUAAACUUUUUUUAAUAUGUUGCCAAA